GGGUGGCGGAAAUGGGCUUCCAUAGCCUAUUAAACAGCACCAAUAAAAAUGUUACAUUAAAUUUUUAAAUUGAAAAGUAGCUUAUUGGAAAGGGGGGCGUUGAGGGUCUGAGACAGUCUGAUGAGGAGGAGGAAUAACUGGGAGGUGCCUGUCCUCCUGUCUCCUCCACACCUCUUUGUUUACACCUUGAAGUCCACACAGGGAGGCUAAGUUUUGCUGCUGACUCGGAACAAGAACCAUGCCCGUUCUCCUGCUCACUUUGGUCCUCCUCUUCUUCAGUCCAUCUCGCGCCUUCGACGACGUGGCUCCGGUCCAGUUCGGGCCCCCUCCUCUCGGGUUCAGCAGCUCCUCGGUCCGCUCGGUGUGCAAAGCCAUCCCGAGGACCCUGUCGCUGUGUGACGGUAUCGGCUACAUGAGCAUGUGGAUGCCCAACCUGCUGGGCCACGACUCGCUGAAGGAGGCCCAGCAGCAGUCGGCGGCCUGGCUGCCGCUGGUCUCCAAGCUGUGCCACCGGGACACCAAGAAGUUCCUGUGCUCCAUGUUCGCCCCGGUGUGCCUGCCGGAGCUCAGCGGGCCCGUCAGCCCCUGCCGGAGCCUGUGCGAGGCCGUGCGGGACGGCUGCGUGCCCGUCAUGAGCGCCUUCGGCUUCCCCUGGCCCGAGAUGUUCGACUGCAGCCGCUUCCCGAGCGGAACCGAGCUCUGCAUCCCGGCGAGCGGACAGCGGGACGGGCGGACGGAGGAGGAGGUCCGGCGUGAGGAGGAGCUGAAAGGCAACGUAAUCUGUGACGCCUGCAGUCUGGCUGCUGAAGGAGAGGCUGACAUCCAGGAAAACUUCUGCUACAGUCCAUACGCCUUAAAGAUGCGUUUGGGCAGCAUGUCAACAGUGGGAGGCGACCGCCAGCUGGUCCCUCUGGCCCGCAGUCGCAUUCUGAGGUGGGCUGGGGGAGGUGCAGAAAAGGCGCAGGAGCUCGGAGGUGCAAUGACCCACAGGGCGUUGUGGCUGCAAGAAGGAGGCAGCUGUACGUGUCCUGGUUUAGAUUCUUUAGAUGUGAACAAAAAGAAGGAGCUCAAAGUGGAGAGCACAGAUUACAGACAGUCGAAGGACGAAGGAAAGGUGGAGCACAGGGUCUACAGCUGGUGGUUCUUGGCCCUGGGUCGGGCUGAAGAAGGAAGACUUGUGUUGACUCGACUUGUUAGGUGGACCAGAGGGGACAAAGAGCUGAAGAAGUUUAUUAGAGCUCUGCUUAAACAACCCUGUUCAGACAUUUAAGCAGCACAGUCGGUCUGGGAGCUGCUGCUGCUGCGAGUUGUAACAAAAUCCAACAUGGCAAACAGGAACACGUGAGGAACAACAGGAAUAAACUGAUAACAAUCAUCAGAUAAUAUAUUUUUACUGGGAAAUUAUACCUCAGAUUUACUAAAAUUCUUCAAACUUACAGUAUAAUGUUUUUUUCCUUUUCAUCAAAUAGCAGCUUAGUUAAAACACAGAAACCUGUUGUUUCUGUGGCUGCUGCAUCAUUAUGGUGUUAUUAUAAUGAUGCAACAUCUCCCAAAGUCUGUUUGUCACAGCAGCAUAAUUUGCUGAAAUAUUUUUGUAUUUUUUCUGGACACGUAAACAAAAUGUUACUGAAUGAAAGAGGAGGGAGGUUUGGAUCACGUAAAGUUGCUGUUUGUCUUAAAAUAAUCAAGGAUAAAUAUAUAAAUAAUACAUUUUCAAGAUUUGA